GGUAGGCUACCCAUUCGCGACGCUUGACGUCUGAUCACAACACAACCCCGAAUCAUCAUCAUUGUCCCCUUGGAUAGAUCUGUUCAUUGUCUCGUUGUGGAAAAGACCUCACUUUUAGCAUUGUCUUGCUGCAAGGAGUUGGCACAUUUUACUAAGACCCGUAAGUGAGUAAGCGGCCGUCGGCGGGUGCCCUGUGCUGGAAAUGGGGCUGAUACAACAGUUCAAGUCCCUGCUGGUGGUUCAGCUGGUCAUUGGUUACAUCUUUGUCGUGUCCGGCCUUAUUGUGACGUUUCUCAUGCUGUGCUCGUGUGUCAUUUGGCCCUUCAAUCGUCACCUCUAUAGGAAAGUCAAUGUCCAUCUAGCUUACGCUCACUGGUCACAGUUCACCUUCCUGGCGCAGUGGUGGUCGGGCACAGAGGUGAUCCUGUACGCCAAGGAGGAGGACGUGCGGCACGUGGGCAAGGAGCAUGUGCUGACCAUCAUGAACCACAAGUACGACAUAGACUGGCUCAUGGCCUGGAUCCUGGCUGAGAGGUUCCAGAUGUUGGGGAAUACCAAGAUCUACGGCAAGCAGUUCCUGAAGUACGUGCCCCUGAUAGGCUGGGCCUGGUACUUCACGGAGAGCAUCUUCCUCAAACGUCAGUGGGAACACGACAAGAAGAUCAUCGAGACAGACCUCAGGCAGGCCACGGACUACCCGGAGGGCUAUUAUGUCACGCUGCUGUUGUUUCCGGAAGGCACGCGGUUCACGGAGGAGAAGCACCGGGCCAGCCUGGAGGUGUGUCGGGCCAAGGGGUACCCCGAGCUCAAGCACGUCCUGCUCCCCCGGCCCAAGGGAUUCAUCGUCUCCAUGCACGGCCUGCGCGGGCACUUUCCCACCAUUCUCAACUGCACCGUCGGCUUCCCGAGAGAUGGGCCGGCCCCGACCUUGAUGAAUGUCGUCAGCGGGCGGCCUCUGCUGGCUCACUUCCACGCUGAACGUAUCCCCAUAGACAGUGUUCCCGUGGAGACAGACGAGCAGUGUGCAGCGUGGCUCCGACAACUCUUCAAGAGGAAGGACGACUUGUACGACAGUUUUCUCCAGACGGGCAAGUUCCCUGGCCACUCGGUGAUCAUCCCGCGCCGCACCAACGACCUUGUCAUGUGGUUGUUCUGGGCGGUGGUGCUGUGUGUCCCCCUCUUCCAGUAUCUGGGCGGCAUUUUCAUCGCAGGAACCCUGCUCCAGCAGUUGACUGUUGUAGGGGUUAUUGUUUUAGCCUCUGUGGUGGUGAGGUGGAUGAUCGGGGUCACGGAGAUCCACAAAGGCUCUUCCUACGGACGAGAGUCGGAGAAGCAGGUCAAUAAGAAAUCCGAAUGAGCGAAAACUAUGUUGUGGUUUGUGCGCUCGCUCGAAACAAGGACCAAGGUAGAUGUGUGUUGGUGAACAGCUCCCGCGAUGAGGACAGUGCUCAAGACUUGACGGUGCUGUCGUUUUGAUAUUCCGUGUCGGGGAGGGAGGGAAGUUUGCUCUUCUUCUCCUUCUCCUCCUCCUCCUCCUCGCUUGUUUCUGACUCUGAGGUGUGGAGAGGUCUUCGUGUGUGUCUGUCUUGUGAGUGUGGUGACUGAUGGCUCACUGAGAGA